CGGUUCACAACGAGAUGAGUGGAGGAGCAGCAGAGGAAGUGGGAGGAUCAGUUCAUAGUAGCUGCUCAUAACUCACAGCAACCGUGCGUUACAGUGGCAACUGGACUCUGACUGAGCUGCAGCUGAACUCUCACUCCACUCUUACUUUGCGGGUCUCAAAAGCGGCUUUCGAGUAGUUUUUUUUUCUCCUUGCGUUAAUUGUUAGUGGCGCUUCCUGAGUGCGCUGUGAUCCAAGUUGAUCGGGGCAACCCUACCUAUCUGCUGCAAACAGGUUGCAAGAAGGAAACAUUCCCUGCGCGUUUUUUUUUCCGCCGCUUAUUUGAAUUGAUAGAAAGCUUGGCCAAGAUGAUGAUCAUCAUUGCGGAGUUCUUCGUGGUCAUUUUGAAGGUGCUCUGGGCUUUUUUAACAGCCGGGGCUAAGUGGGUUGUGCGACCCAAGGAGAAGAGCGUGGCGGGACAGGUGUGCGUGAUCACCGGGGCUGGAAGCGGCCUCGGGCGGCUGUUCGCCAAGGAGUUCGCCCGGAGACGAGCGAUUCUGGUGUUAUGGGACAUAAACAGCCAAAGCAACGAGGAGACGGCGGAGAUGGUGCGGCAGAUUUACCACGAACUGGACACUCCCAUAACUAAAAACGGACCUGUGGGAGGUGUAGAGGAAGUGCCCCCUUUCCAGCCGCAGGUCUACACCUAUGUGUGUGAUGUGGGGAAGCGUGAGAGUGUGUAUUCUACGGCCGAGAAGGUGCGGCGAGAGGUGGGAAAUGUGGACAUACUGAUCAACAAUGCCGGCGUGGUCUCCGGUCACCACCUCCUGGAGUGUCCCGACGAGCUGAUCGAGCGCACCAUGGUGGUCAACUGUCACGCACACUUCUGGACCACCAAGGCGUUUCUCCCCAAGAUGCUGGAGCUGAAUCAUGGACACAUUGUGACGGUUGCCAGCUCCCUGGGUUUAUUCAGCACAGCUGGAGUGGAGGAUUACUGCGCCAGUAAGUUCGGUGCCAUCGGGUUCCACGAGUCGCUGAGCCACGAGCUGAAGGCCUCGGAGAAGGACGGCAUCAACAUGACGCUGGUGUGCCCUUACCUGGUCGACACGGGAAUGUUCAAAGGCUGCAGGAUAAGGAAGGAGAUCGAGCCUUUCCUGCCUCCCCUAAAGCCAGAGUUCUGCGUGAAACAAGCCAUGAGGGCCAUCCUCACCGACCAGCCCAUGAUCUGCACGCCUCGCAUCGUCUACAUGGUUAACUUCAUGAAAAGCAUCCUGCCCUUCGAGGCCAUCGUGUGCAUGUACCGGUUCCUGGGCGCCGACAAGUGCAUGUACCCCUUCCUAGCUCAGAGAAAGGAGGCCAUGAACAACAACGAGGCCAAGAACGGGAUCUAGGAUCUAGCGCACACACUCACCUGCAAGCACGAGGAAACAACCACUGAGGAUGAAAAAUGGGGAAGACGGAAGGAAGAAAAGACUGAAUCUAGACUGGUGCACUUGCAUUGAGCAAAUGCAAAGGUUUACCAUAUUGUUCCUCUGGAACAAAGAAAGCUGUGUACUACACAAAGGAUUUAUUUGACUUGUUUUUGUCUGAUUUUUUAAGUUUGUUUAAAGAAACCAGCAUCUAUAUACUGUGUCACUAGUUUUGAAAUCAUACAAAAAAAAAAGGUAUCCAGUAAUUAACUAUGUACGUAAUGUAGUCACCAGCCUUAUCUAGUGUCAUUGUGGAACUAUACAGUAUGUUACUGUACAAACAGUAAUAAUCUUUUUUUUUUUUCACUAUUUUAUUUUUGUAGACAUGCACUGUAAUUUCUGAUUUUUCUUAUUUUUUUUCUGAUGUAAAUUCAGAUUAUUAUAUAUAUUUUUUCCACACUGCCAGCGUUCUCUGUGUAGAAACUAUUUUAACGCAGCAUUUCAAACUACACAAUGUCUCCCCCGUGCAGAGGCUCCUUUUUAUUUUAUUUUUUUAUAUAUAUAUAUAUAUUAUAUAUAUAUAUUGGUUCCCCAAGUCAGGAAAUGCAUCUGCAACUUGGCUCUAAUUGUAGCCUGUGCCAUUCAAAUUAAGGAAAUAAUUUCACUAAUAACGUCUACCGUAUUUAGUUUUUUAGUCUUUACAUGCAGCAUUCCAAAUGGGACAAACUGUCUCCAGUGUCCCUCAAUAGUCCUCUCAUUUCAGGUCUUUUUUUACACUAACCUCUCCAAUGAAAAGUGCACGAGCUCGUCUGUGUCCUGUGUGGAAUAAGCAUGUGUGACACAUUCAGAAUGUAUUUCUUGGGGGAGAGAGUAAAUUCAUAUAUAUAUAUAUAUAUAUAUUAUUUCUCCAACAUUUCUGGUGUUCAUAUUGUAAAUUUAACCAAUAUCAUUUGGGGGAAACAGGAAAAAAAAGAAUAAAUAACCCAACACGUAUGUAUCUCCAGGUGAAACCGCAGUCCCGGCACUGAUCUGUGUUUGAGGGAAAUGUAUUAAAGCUUUGCAUUAUUUUAUUUUUCCCCCCCGAAAGCGAAUACUCUGUUCAAGUGUCCACCUCGUCCAGUUAAAAGUGAAAUGUAUAUGUUUAAAUGUUGUGAAUACCCCCGUGUCCCAAAGUCUCCACCGCAUUUGAUGUAUGAAUAUUUUAUAUGACAAGUUUUUGUUUUCUUUUUUUUUUUUUUUUGAAUUUCAACUACAUUCCAACAGGCGUCAUUCUUCCAGUCACAGUGAUGAGCCUAAAGUCUCUACCUCUUAAUUUUUGCCAAUUUUUAUUUUUUUGACAGUAUGACAUAAGCCUCUUUAUUAUUAUUUUUUUUUUUUGUAAUAUUCUGAAGACUGCUCCAUGGCAGAGCAAAUGUGGUUCCAAUGUUUAGUGUCUCUACCUAACUUAAAUUAAUAAAGUGAUUUAGAUUAUUA